ACAAUUUUGAAGCCAGAAAUUGGGCCAGAUAUAAUGAAAUAUAAUAUCCAGUCAAGAUAAUGGACUAUACAAUGAUAUUUUACAUGCAGGAAUACUGUAAAUCACCUUGGAAAACCAAUUUAGGACUAUCUCAUAGAGGGUUCCAAAAAUCUUUUUUUUGGCCUACAGCCGACCUACCUACCCAACCCCCGGUCUGGCAUUCAGAUCCCUGA